CAGUUGAAGUCCCUCAUGGGGAAAGUGCAAGGUUGUAGCCUUGUAUCUUUUGGUGGCUGCUUUGAUAGCUGUCGUGAUCACACGCAAGGAUCGGGUCAAGGGACAAGGAUAUGGAACCUCAGUGAUAGGCCAGUGGAGCUGCAAAUAAGGGUGGGAUCAAUACUGAAGAAGAUUCACACAUUGAAGGCAGGAUCUUCUAAAAGACUGAAAUGUAAAAGCAUAUAUAAGGCAUAUAUGCCUGCUAGGAGUGGUGGGAACUUGAAGAGCUUAUUGUAUUACUAUGAUGAAACUUGCCACCCUUAUAUUUGGAUUCAUGACACAGGUUGUCAUUCCUUAAGGAUGGGUAAGCAGCAGUACAUUAGCCUUGAGGAUCUCAGGGAUUCUUCUGAGAUCAGAAUCUUUUGGGAUCAUCAGAGAGGCUCCAUAUCGGUUCGUAAGAGAACAAGGCCUGAUUUCUGCUGA